AUGAAGGCUGGCACUGAUUUGGAAUGCAACAACACGUCAGGGGCCGAAUUUCUUCUCUCUGCUGGGGAGCAAGGGCUAGCCUCGCAGGGAGACGGUAACAAAGCACUUACCCGUCGUAUGACAGCCUUGGUGAUGGUCGGAAUGUUCGAUCCCGCUCAAAGACAAGAACUUUGGGAAAUUGGCUGGGACGCAGUGAACACCGAAGCUGCUCAGCAGCCAGCUUACAAGGCGGCCUUCAGUGGUUCAGUUCUCAUCCAGAACGAUGGCAUACUUCCGCUUUCAUUGGGCUCUUCUGGGUCGUAUGCAUUUAUCGGCCCCUUCAUCGAGGCUGGUGAGCAAAUGCAUGGCAUCUACUCCGGCCCAGUACCUUAUUUAAUCUCGCCUGUUGAGGCUGCCAAGGUUUUGGGCUUCAAUGUGACCUACUACAAGGGAUCUAGCAUUGACGAGACGGACGGCUUAUUUGAGAGCGCUAUUGAAGCAGCCAAGGGGGCUGACCAUGCCGAACUUCGCGGUGCAUCAGACAACACGGAAGAGCUUGUGGCCAAGGUCGACACCGAUAGCGUCACUGGGUCACUCACAUGGCAGACCAUCCUUCAGCAACCUUUUACAAAUUUGCAAGUCGAGGCCACAAACACUGGCGAAGUUGCAUCCGAUUACGUUGCGCUUCUGUUCCGGAAGAACAAUGCUGGCCCUGAACCCCGACCCUUCAAGACUACGUCGGCAUACACAAGAAUCAAGGACAUUCAAGCAGGAGACACAGCUUCUGAUGAGCUUUAA